CUUGUAUCACCAGUUCAUGUCUUUCGCAGCGACAUGAAAGCAUUUCAAGUCUCCAAGCUCGCCCAUCCCAGCAACAUAUCACCGUCUGACAUCCCUAUCCCCAAAGCUGAUGGAAGCAAGGGCCAGGUCCUGCUUGACGUGCAUGCUGCUGCUCUGAAUUUCUUCGACAUCCUUCAGUCUCAAGGCCUUUACCAGACAAAGCCACCGUUGCCGUUCGUGCUGGGAGCCGAAGUGGCUGGAACCAUCUCCAAGACUUCGCCCAUUCCCGAAGGGUGUCCGUUCAAACCUGGUGACAGAGUCUUUGGUAUCACCCAAGGGGCCUACGCAGAACACGUCGUUGCCGAAUGGAAACGCCUCAUGCCCAUCCCCCCGAACCUGUCCAUGGCGCAAGCUUCGACAGUGCCGCUCACCGCUACGACCAGCUAUCUAGGUAUCGUGAUCAAGGGACAGGCCAAGCCGGGAGAGUGGGUGCUGGUACAUGGCGCUGCCGGCGGCGUGGGUUUAGCUGCUUGCCAAAUUGCAAAGGCUGUGGGAUGCAAGGUCAUCGCAGCUGCUUCGACAGAUGCCAAAAGGCAGUUCUGCGUGGACAAGGGUGGUGUUGAUGAAGUCGUCGACUAUACCAAAGACGGAUGGCAGAACGAAGUGAAGAGGAUCACCGGCGGUAGAGGUGUGGACAUUGUGUACGACCCUGUGGGACUAGUCAUCCCGAGCUUGAAAUGUGUAGCUGCCAACGCGAGGAUAUUGGUCAUCGGCUUUGCUGGAGGCACAAUCGAAAAGAUACCCGCGAAUCUCCUCUUGUUGAAGCAGGCCAGUGCAGUGGGUGUAUUCUGGGGCGCAACUACAGAGAAGGACCCAGAGACUGCCACUCAAGUCACCAAAGGCGUCUUCAAACUCCUCUCCACCAACGAGAUUCGCCCCGUCGUGCAUUCUACCAUUUACCGCGGACCUGGCGAGGUCUUGAAGGGGCUGAAGGAUAUUGAGAAUAGGAAGAUCUGGGGAAAGGGAGUUGUAGUGAUACGUGAAGAAGAUGGGGCGUUGAAAGCCAAAUUAUAGGUCGGGGGGUGAAGGACGAGCGAAUAUUGUAGCGUUAUCAAGGACCCGAGCCAUACACGUUGUAGCCUGGAUGACUAUUGCGUUGAUACUUUGAGCAAUAAUCAGAGGAAGAUGCUAGCCCUGCUAUCUGGUACUUUGGUGUUGACAUACCAGCGUGGCUAGACAUGAGCGGGAUGAUGGUCUAUAAAUGAUAUACAUGAGAAAUGAACAACAAGAUGAGCCCUCAGUUUUACUGUCAAACAGGCCGACACUCGACAAUGACCAGCACGAUCCGAAGAAAGCGACUAGGGUCUCCGAGCUUGACUCUAUGUGUUGGCAACUCUCAUCAUAGGGCGUCAUCUUGCUGGUUGGAAAAACCCCAGUACGGAUACAAGACACUGCAGACCGAACACCAAUGUCGAGAGCUGUGCAAUCUGGCGUGUCCAAUAGCCGUGCCGAGGUCAAUCUCGUUGAAUGAAGAUAUUGUGAUGAGAAGAAUGAAG